AAUAGCAAUGCCGUGUGUGCCAAAACUUAUGGUCGUACUGUUACUUCCUCUAACAUUUGCAUCUCUACUCUCGAUUAUGUCUCCACUUGCAAAGGUGAUUCCGGUGGCCCAUUGGUUUUGGAGUCCAGCAAUAUUCAAGUAGGUUUGACUUCCUUUGGGGCUAUGGAUGGUUGUGAAAAAGGUUUCCCAGCUGCCUUUACCCGUGUCACCAGCUACUUGGAAUGGAUCAGAGUCAACACUGGCAUUUCUUAUUAA